AUGACUCUGUCCGAUAUGGAAAUGGAUCGAGACUGGAAGCCCACGGGCAAGGUCCGGCCACAAUCAACCAUGGCGCAAGCCUUCUCUUCGGCGCUGGACAGCGCAUUCAUGCUGGACAGUGAUGUGAAUCAUCUGUCACUGACCAUCGAUCAGAAGAAGCAGCAAAUGGCCAUUCAGACUCGAGAGCUUGAGAAUCUGCAAGCGCGGAUUCGUGAGGCCGAGGAACGCCUCAAGGCCCAGUCUCACCACUCCGUAUCGGCCUCUUCAGCAGGCCCAACUCCCGGGGAGCACGACCGGCCAAGCGCCCUCUCGAUCCGGACCGGGUUCUUCGAUCACCACUGGGACAGCGGCUGA